CAAGCCUUCCCUGGCUCCUCCCUCUCCUGUUCUAGCAUUGCCAGUUUCUCUUUCGCUAAGGAGGAAACAAAGUUUCUGGGGGUUCUAGAACGUUGGAAAAACCCCUUUGAAGUUCAAAGGACGGGGCGGCCGGUGGGGAGGGGGAGGGGGAAGAGCGCCGCCUUUAUCCCCUUUAUGCUUGAGGGCGGCCCGGCUUAAUUAAGGUCGCCGCGCAUGGAGGCCGAGCAGCCGCAGCCGGACAGCCUGGACGGCUGGGUGGCCAUCAAGGAGAACGUCUUCGGCCAGCCCGAGCCGCCCCACAAGCUGCGCUUCCUCGUCGCUUGGAACGGCGUCGAGAGCAAGUUCGCGGUGACCUGCCACAACCGGACUUUGCAGGAGGAGCAAGCGGCGGGCAGCGGCGGCGGCGACUCGCAGCAGAUGAGUUGGGCCGGAUUGUACUCCCCGCAGGCCUUGCAGGGCGUCCACCGGCAGCUGGCGGCCUUGAACCCGCCGCUGGAGCCUUGCUUCCCAGCCCUACCCCCGGCCCUGGGCGGCUACAGCGGCCUGUGGGCGCUGCUCUUCCCCAGCAGCCCGGUGCUGGCCGAGGCGGAGCUGGAGGCGCUGUGCCGCCGCUUGGAGAGGUACCUGGGCUGGGCCUUGGAGGUGUGCGGCCGGAAAACGCUGCUGGACUCGCUCUUCGCCCACGACCAGGACGAGGAAGACGAGUAUUUCGAGAACCUGCAGGAGUUCCGUAGGAAAGCGCUCAAGGGGCAGCUCGCCGCCGCCAAGGAGGCCUUGCGGAGGGUUCUGCACCAGCACAAAGAUACUGACAAGCUGGUCGCUUUGAUGGAUCUCUAUAAGGAGGAAGAUGACGCUUAUUGGGAGCUGGUUACUGUGGCAACCGAAUUCUAUCAAUAUUUGUUGCAGCCGUUUAGAGAUAUGCGAGAACUGGCAACGUUAUACAGACUCGAGAUCCUGAAAUCCUUGCAAGCCGAUAGGCUGGGCCCUAAAAGGAUAGAGGCCUUGAAGAAGGAGGCUGAGGAGUGGACCAGUCAAGCUGAAGAAGCCGUGUGCUCCAUUCAAGACAUCACGGUUGGUUACUUCAAGGAAACGGUGACAGCCCUAGCAGCGAUGCAGAAGCAGAUGGAACUGGACCGAAAGCGGUUUGGCCAAGCUGCCUGGGCCCGGGCUUCUCCGAGGUUAGAAAACUUGAAGUACCUGUUAGCGAAGGAGACCCUUCAGCACAUGAGAGCCAAAGAGCUGUGCCUGAACCAUAAGAGAGCUGACAUCCGGAAGCAAAUGGAGACCCUCCACGAGAACGAAAGUGACGUGGCACAAGUCGAAGAGCUGGAAAUAGAGUAUUACGAAACUCAGCUGGAGCUGUACGAGGUGCAGUUUGAGAUCCUGAAGCAUGAAGAAAUGCUGCUUAUUACCCAGCUGGAGACUUUAAGGAGGCGGAUGAAAGAGAUCCAGGACGAAGUAAUUUAUUAUGACACGUGUGAAAAUCCUGCUGAGUUAGAAGCCACCGAGCAGGCCCUGGACGAACUCUACAUGCCUUCCUCCGAAACGGCUCGGUUGACGCAGAAGACCCAGCAGCUGGAGACAAAGCGUGGGAUUAUCUGCUCGAGGAGAGCCUACCUCAGGAACAAAAAGGAUCAGUGUGAAGAGAGUCGACGUCUCAGGAUCCAGCAGACACAAGAGAGCUCUCGGCAGUUCCAGCAACAUCACAGCAUCCAGAUCAAAAGAGACAAGAGGAAAGAAGAUGAGAAAAAGAAGAAAGCAUGGAUAAAGCAGGAGCGACAGAAAACCCUGGAGAGGCUCAAAACAUUCAAGGAGAAAUGUCCAGCGCAGUUCGUGUUGAAGACUUCCCGUUCCCAGCCUUUGAACGCCAAGCAGCCACAGGGCGCCUCCCGUCGGACGCCAGCAGGCACCCCCAAGCCUUCAUCGGCAGGCAAGACGCUGGCUGCAAAGAUGUCACGGAACUCCUGUCCAGCGCAAGCUAAAGGUUUCAAAGGGCCACGUCAGAAGCCCUCCAAAGAGAUUCCCGUUCAGAUUUUCGUUCCACCAGCACAGGGCCCUGAGCAACACAGGAAGAGCGAGGGGGGGGCGUUGCUGCUGUCACCAACCCUGCCACCUCCCCCGCCUCCCCCGCCUCCCCCGCCACCACCUCCUCCCCUGCCUUCAAACAUCCAGCCUGUCUGCUUAAGGACGCAAACGCCAGUCGGAGAGAAACCACUGCCGCUUGUGUGCAGAGACCCUCCUGUGGGAAGUGCCUCCAUGGAGAAAGCAGACAGUACGUCCAAGUGCAGAGCAAAUAAUUACACAGGAUCCAUGGAUGAAGUUUUGGCUUCAUUAAAGCGUGGAGAAAUCCUUCUCCGCAAAGUGGAACCGCCCUGUCAGUCAGCUUCUUCCGGCUCCUCCCUCAAUGACAGCAUCCUGGCCGCCAUACGGCAGGGAGUUAAACUGAGGAAAGUGAGUCAAGAGACCAGGGCGGACCCAGAGAAAGGGUCCGGCAAUGAACUGGAGAGGAGCAUAAAGGCAGCCAUCCAGAGGAUUAAGAAAGUGUCUGCUGACUCAGAAGAGGAAGAAAACAGCGACCACAACAGCGGCGAAUGGAACAGUUAGCGAGAGGGGGGGUUUCAGACUGUGUCUUGGGGUUCCUUAGAAGGUUUUUGAGGGUUCCUCGGUGAGAAGUGCUGACAAACAAGCUGAGUGCACACAGGGCCACUGUGAGGUCCAUCCGCUGUGGCCUGCAUGAACAAGUGUACACGAGUGUGCGAGUCCCUGGGACUCGUCCCAGAAUCCCUUGCAAACUGGCCUGUAUGAACAAGUGUGCACAAGUGUGCAAGACCCUGGGACUUGUCCCAGAAUCCCUUGCAAGUGCACUGGAGUUCUGAGCCAGAUGAGUCAAUGUAAAAAGGGUUGUUUUGUUUUUCCUAAAUGCAGGAAGUCUGAACACUAUCAAGUUUAAAUCGAUUCCGGUCAUCCUGUUUCUGACAUGAAACGAUAUGCUUUUAAUGAAUUUUGCACAUUUUAAAAGAAGAGUAUUGGCCUCUUUUUGCAAACAAGCACUGUGUAUUUCUGGUGAUUUGCCCACCAAAAAUUAAUGGUUCAGAACUGUCCUCUUGAUUCUGUUCCAAAGGCUUCUUUUGUUGUUGUUCUCAGUCUACAAAACUAUCCAACAUAGAUUUCUGUCAGCUUGUCAGAAAUCAUCCGGUUAGACAAUCAAAUGAAAAUGAAUUGCUGCUCAGCAAUGGACAGUAGCAUAGGAAACUAGAGGAUUGUUUUGAUGUGGCCCAUUUUAAAAUGUUCACUUUUGGAACUCAUUUCACAAAUAAUUGGCAUUGCUACAGUGAAAUAACUGCACUGUGAGGAUUUCCUGCCUCUGUGAGGAGCCAAGAAGGACUCCUGUUGAAAUGAGAACUCCUUACUUCUACGCUGACUAUCAGAAGUUUGCAUUUUAUAUUUUUGCAUAAAUGCAAAUAGUUUCUUCGAAUAAUACUUAAGACUCAAAACAGUUUUGAUGUGGGUGUCACCAUAGUUGGCCAAGAAGGGAACCUCAAAGAAUUUUAUACAGUAGUAGAAUCUGACUUCAAUUGAGUGCUGCUAAUAUAUGUGAAUUUAUCAUGCAAAUAGUGCCAUAAUUGGUUAACUCUAAGAUAAGUACCCAUCAAUUUGGCAAGUUUAUAUAGGAACACAGAAUGCUGCCUUAUAUAGAGUCAGACCAUUGGUCCAUCUAGCUCAGUAUUGUUUACACUGACUGGCAACAGAUCUCUGUAGUUUCAGAUAGGAGUAUUACCCAGCCCAAGUUGGAGAUGCUGGGAACUGAACGUGCAGAGUAGGUGCUCUGCCAUUGAACCCCAGCCCUUGUACUUCAAGGAGGCAGGGGUGUGUAGGAGGAGGAACAGAUAACAUAUCCUGCCCCCCUCCCCCAGUGUAGUUUGGCUCCUCCAACACUGUAACUUUGCUAAACCACUGUAACUUUGGCUGGGUGGUGGUCAGGCUUUCAGCUCAAGAAAUGUCUCCCAAGUGACUCUGGUGAGGCUGAGCUAUUACCUCCUUUCAUCCUUUGAUGGCGUGGCAACUCUAUGACUUACAAGGGAAGGCUGCCACUCCUGUGGAAUGAGAUGAAAUCUAGAGCAGGGUGAGCCUAGGUUUCAGUGGGCAGGCUUCUUCAUCUGGCCGUCUACCUGUUAAACUCUGCCAUCACUGCAGGGACCCUGCACUACGUGGAGUUGACCACACACCAUUGCAGGUUCCUAAUCCAUUUUUGUACUUGGUUGUGGGGCUCCCCCUACAGGAGAAGAAGAUGCAUAGCACAACAAACCAUGGGACAACUAGAUGCCCGUUCGCACCAUGUUUUGUAGCACUUACCAGGUACCGAAUAUUUGUACAGCUAUUGCCGUUAUAAUUGCCUGAUACCAAGAUGGGUUAUGAUGACGAAGAACUUGCCCACGACCGUUGUUUUCAGUGCUGGGCAGAAAUUUAACUUGGGUCUUUUGAAAUUAACUUCAGCUAUAACCAAGUAGGCUGUACAUAAUUGCAAAUAAAUCAUUUUGCCAUAUUUCACACUUCUGUAUUCAGAAGCAUAGGAUCUCUAAGAAAGUAUUCUGACCAUACGUAGUGUGCCAAGAAACACAGAGCACUGUUCAAGUUUUCCAAGAAACCAAUGUAUUCCUCAUUUAGAAUUUUUCAAACAAUCCAUCCCAGGCAGCUCUUCCUCUAAUAUCUCCGCUGUUUUGCUCAUAUUUUUCAAUUUUAGCGGUUACCACCAGGCUUAAAACUUACUCUCUGCUUCUUUUUAUUUAACAGUAUUUUUGAUGUCGCCUGACUCAUUUGUUAAAGGAUUCGGGGUUAAGCUUAUCCUGUUAACCCUGAGCCAGGAAUGAUGGGAGCUGUAGUCCAGCGACGUCUGAUGUGCUACAGUUCCCAGUGUCCCUGACCAUUGCCCAUGCUCGUUGGGACUGACGUGAGUUGCCGUCCAAGAACGUCUGAAGGAGCCACAGGGUUUCUAUCCCUGUGGUGUGCUACCCUGUACUCCAGGAGGAAGAGCGGGAUAUACAUUCAAUCAAUAAUAUAAUAAAUAUGCAGUACAUCCUUCUAAAGCAAGUAUGGGGAACCUUUGACGCUCCAUAUGUAGCUAAACUACAACUCCCAUCAUCCAUGGCCAUUGGCCAUGUUUGCUGGGGCUGAUGGGAAUUGUAGUUCAGCAACAUCUGGUGGGCCAAAGGCUCCCCGCACCUGUUCAAAAGCUUUGCAAGGGUCUUACAUGGCCCCUUAAUAGUUUUUUGUGUGUGUGUGAUUAACCAAUGUUGGUAAUUUAUCCUGAGGAGGGAACAUAUUCUUCCAGGUAUUUUUAAAAGUGGAUGUGUUUCUCCCAUUCAAGACUUAUAACAUGGCCUAAUUCCCCUUUCUCAAUUUAACAAAUUAUCAUUGUAUUUAGAUGAGUAUAGUAUGGUUAUGUGGACUGCCUUCAAGUCGAUUCCGAUUUAUGGUGACGGUAAGGGGUAUUCAGGGGUGGUUUGCCAUUGCCUUCCUCUGAGGCUGAGAGGCAGUGACUGGCCCAAGGUUACCCCGUGAGCUUCAUGGCUGUGUGGGAAUUCAAACCCUGGUCUCCCAGGUCAUAGUCCAACACUCUAACCACUACGCCACACUGGCUCUCAUAGUAUGGUUAAAACCCUAUUAAUUUGUUGUUUGCCUUUGAUUUUCCAUAAUAAAAUGUCCUAUCUGAAGAUGCUGGGAAACCCUUGGUCUCUGAUGUGGCUAGUUUAUCAUUGUACUUUAUUAUUUCUCUGUCUUAAAACCCCCACAAACCUAGUAUUCUAUGAAAGCUAUCUCUUCCAUUCAAAUGUCCCCCAGGAUUUGUCUUUCACUAUAACUUAAGUAAUAAAGAUACUAGAGAUAAA